AUGUCUUCGCACAAGACUUUCGGGAUCAAGCGAUUUCUGGCCAGGAAACAAAAGCAGAAUCAUCCCAUUCCCUAGUGAGUUCAGAUAAAGACUGGUAAUAAAAUCAGGUACAACUCCAAGAGGCGGCAUUGGAGAAGAACGAAGCUGGGUCUGUAA